AUGGAAAACGUCGACCAGAUCCACAAUGUAUUGUCCGCACAGGUGCAGAAGAGGGCAGACUUCCAGGAUGCCGAGCGCAAAGCGAUCCAUUCGCAGAGUCGUGGAGUCACCUGCGCCAUCCGCGUCACGGAUCAGAAAGGCAACGUCUUGGGCCAGAGCGAGGCCCUACCCUUGCUUCCCUUGCUGCUGUACUUGACCGAGACACUCGCCACCGUGGGAGCAAACGGCAUGCGCCCUUGCGGCGACAACUCGCUCGUCGACAAGGGCAACCUCUACGUGGCGUCUCAGAGUCCGGCAUGCCUCCAUGCAGAAGCAGGGGGCCCCAGCGGCGACCUGGUCACAUUGGUUGAGGUCGCCGACGAGGAACUUCACUACCUGCAGAACUACCGCACG